AUGGCUUUUCCCUGGGAAUUGUUGGUGCUCACACCGCUUGUUUUUGGCAUGCAGAUGAAUGCUCUAGCGCCAUUGGCACCAGAUCGGCUCUCAGUCAUUGUGCAUAACGAGGCGGAAGUAAAUAAUUCCAUGGAGGAGUUACGCAGAAAAUAUCUGGACGAAGAAAAUAAGCUGAAAAAGUGCGAUGUCGACCACAACAAUACUUGCUCUGUACGGUAUGUUCGUCUCGACAAACUCCAGCGGAACAUUGCAGCCAUGGAAUUGGAUCUGAAAGCAAGAUAUCUGCUCUUCUAUAAGAUAAUCAAAAACUUCCACUAUCCUAAGAAAAAUGUACAAAGUUACGGUGAAGCAUAUUCGAUAUUGCUGACCACCUUACACGAGCUACCGGAAAUGAGUCGCAAGAUACUUUCCGACUACUUGAACUUCAGUGAGCGACCUGGAAGUGAGGGAACUGGUGAACAAGCAACUUCUACAGAUGAUGGCGAAAAGAAUAAGAGGAAGCUCUCCGCUUCUGAGAAAAAUCAAGAUGACUCAAGCGAAAUGCAGAAAACUUCAUUGAAAAUUAUUGAAAACUCACUCGUCGUGGCCAAUAACGCGUUACCGAACAAAGUUCGGGAGACUCGCGAACCGUUGACGCUUGCAAUACAAAUAAUUCGCAUGAUGCUCAAAGGACCUGUUCAGCUGUCAUUAGGAGAUUUGGAUCCAUUCUUCAUGGCUGUGAGUAAAACAGAGAAGAAGCAAGAGAAAGCAUUGAAGUCAGGAGACUCCGAAGUGAAG